AUGCGCAUUCAACUCUGGAGCCUGCUCGCAGCGGCGACACUUGCUGCAGCGGGAAAGCAUCUGCCACCCCGCAACUACUCGAGCCACGACUAUUAUGCUAUCCAUCUUUCCCCAUCCGCAUCGCCAUCAGACAUCGCUGCGCACCUGGGCCUGACGUACGAGGGCCCGUUCGGGACGCUUGAGCAUCACCAUGUCUUCAAGGCCCCCAAACACGAAAACGAUAUCGUCAACGACGCACAACAAGAACUGAAGAGGAGGCGGCGGAAACGAGAAGUUGGCCUCGAGUAUCAUCCUCUCGACAGCGUCCACUUUACUCAGAAGCAGAAGAUCAAGCCGCGCCAUUGGAAGCGCAGCGUGAUACCAGAUCGGCCAGAGAGAGCCGCCCCACCGGUAACACCUGCUAUUCAAGCCCAGCGGGAAGUCGCGACCAAGCUGCAAAUCAAGGACCCCAUCUUCGAAGAGCAAUGGCACAUCUUCAACGUGAAGACGCCUGGUAAUGACAUAAACGUUACUGGUGUGUGGAUGCAGGGCAUCACAGGCGAAGGCGUCACGGCAUGUGUUGUUGACGAUGGUCUCGACUACACGAGCAACGACCUCAAGGACAAUUUCUUUGCUGAAGGCUCUCACGAUUACAACGACCACGAAGACCUGCCCACCCCGAAGCUUUCUGACGACCGACACGGUACACGAUGCGCCGGAGAAAUUGCCGCAGGAAGGAACGACGCCUGUGGUGUCGGACUUGCCUACGAUGCGAAGAUCUCAGGUGUGCGCAUCCUCUCGGGAGAUAUCACAGAUCUUGACGAGGCGCUCGCGAUAAACUAUGAGAUGCAGAAGAAUGACAUCUACUCAUGCUCUUGGGGUCCGCCCGACGAUGGUAAGACCAUGCAGGCUCCAGGCAUUCUCAUCGAAAAAGCCAUGGUCACUGCUGUCCAGCAAGGUCGUGGCGGAAAGGGAUCCAUCUAUGUUUUUGCGGCAGGCAAUGGCGCUGCGAGCGACGACAACUGCAACUUUGACGGCUAUACAAACAGUAUCUACAGCAUCACCGUCGGCGCUAUCGACCAAAACAACGGACACCCAUACUAUUCCGAGGCCUGUUCCGCACAGCUGGUUGUGACAUAUAGCAGUGGCGGCGGCGACGCCAUUCACACAACAGAUGUUGGCGCGAACAAGUGCACCAACCAGCACGGAGGCACGUCGGCUGCCGGACCUAUUGGUGUAGGAGUAUUCGCUCUCGCGCUUCAGGCCCGACCUGAAUUGACAUGGCGCGACAUGCAAUGGCUUGCUGUCAUGACAGCUGUUCCCUUUGAUACGCCCAGCGACUGGACCAAGACCUCGCUCGACCGCAUGUACAGCCAUCAAUUUGGAUACGGAAAGCUCGAUGCCUAUGCGAUCGUCGAGAAGGCAAAAGAAUGGCAGCUCGUCAAGCCCCAGGCUUGGUUCUACUCCCCCUGGAUGCAUGUGAAGAAGGCGAUCCCCGAAGGCAACCAAGGCCUCGCCAGUGUCUUCGAAGUCAAGGAAGAGAUGCUCAAGAAUGCCAAUUUUGCUCGUGUUGAGCACAUCACUCUCACCAUGAACGUGGAGCACACGCGCCGCGGCGACCUCGCUGUCGAGCUCCGAUCUCCAAGCGGCAUGGUCUCACAUCUCUCCACUGCACGCCAAGGCGACGAGGCGCCUUAUGGAUAUAUUGACUGGACGUUCAUGUCCGUUGCUCACUGGGGUGAAGACGCCAUCGGCAACUGGACCGUCAUUGUCAAAGAUGUCAAAUCCGGUAAUGCUAAGACUGGUACCUUUACCGACUGGAAGCUCCGUCUCUGGGGUGAAUGCAUCGACGCCUCCAAAGCUAAACUUCGUCCGAUCCCCGACGAACAUGAGGACGACGAUCACGACAAGAUUGAUGAUCACCCGGCGCAUACUACCAGUGUUACCAUGCCCCCUGGUACCACACCUACUAUGACAUCUAUCCCCGAUGACCACCCCGAUCGUCCCGUGAACCAGAAACCCUCUCAAACGUCGGCUAACAGUGGUGUACAGACGACGGCUUCGGCAACUGCAAGCGCAAGUGCCACGGCGUCUGCUGCUCCAUCUGAAAACUUCCUUCCCAACCCCUUUCCCUCCUUUGGUGUGUCGAAGCGCACGCAAAUCUGGAUUUACGGUGCUCUUGCCUUGAUCAUCGUUUUCGUUGCUGGUCUUUGUACCUAUCUUUUCAUCGCUAGACGCAAACGCAUGAAGGAUUCGCGCGAUGCUUACGAAUUCGAGGUUCUGGACGACAACGAGGAUAGGGACGACGCGGGCUUGCUCUCUGGUGCUGCCGGCAGGAAGAAGCGUGCUAAGAGGGGUGGAGAGUUGUAUGAUGCUUUUGCUGGCGAGUCCGAUGAGGAUCUACUGAGUGACGAUGAGGGCGAUGAGGGUCCAUAUCGGGAUCAGGAUAGGUAUAACGAGAAGUAUGCGCAGGAUGAUGGGAGCGAAGACGAGGGUAGUGGCAGUGGAGCGAGCUCAGCAGGCAAGAGACAGUAG